AUGGUAAGGAUCGAGUCUGUUGUUGACCAAGGAAUGACAACUAGAAGAAGUCACAGAUUUGCUGAACGAAGACGAAUUACAAAUCUUGAGCAACAAGAAGAAAGAAUGGAAGAAAAUCAAAGAACAGAAAUUCCAAUUGGAUCUCAGCGAGAACAAGGGCAAAAUAACGAGAUAGAUUAUGAUAGAGUGAGUGUCCAUGCUGCGAAGACGAAUUCUACUAACAAAGGACAGAGAAUUGGGAACGAAGAACCAAUUACAGCGAGUGAAGGAAAUAUGACAAUUGCAGAGCUAAGUCGUGCAAAUACUAAUUGUGAAAGGGAAGAAGAGGAUCCAAAGCAAGGACAAAUGCUAUUACAUGGUAGAGAAAUGUUGAGAGACGAAUAUGAGCGUGAACGAGAUAUUGAACGUGCGAGAGGUAGACAGAGAAGAAGGGAAGAAUUAGAAGAAAGAGAAUUACAAAGCGGAUUGCGUCAUAUUGAUAAUCGAGAAAGGGGACGCAAGCGUCAUCUCAUAGAUGAUAUAGAUCAAGGUCGAGUUACACCACAAGAAAGAAAAAUAUUAAGACAUCGAUAUGAUCGCACAUGCAAUGAAGAAAGACAUGAUAGAGUACAAAUUGAAGCCAAUAAUGAAAGGCGUAGGCGAACAAGAGAUGAAACUGAACAACAGGAGAUACAAGAGGCAAUACGCCAAAAAAAUCAUGAGAAUAGAUUGAGACAAGGUGGAAAUACAAGUUUACUUCCGAGACUCACAAAUGCUGUUGCGAGUGCAUCGCAGGGUAAUCAAGGAAGGAGUAAUGCAGAAAUGGAACAAAAGUUAGUGGCUAUGAGAAGUGAAGAUAAAGAAGAGUUUGAUUACAGAGACAAGCAACUUCAAAAAUAUAUAGGUGUUGAUGCUAAUCAACCAGGAAGCUCUACAGGACAGCAAACACAUUAUAACAAGAAAGUUGGAAUAUUAGUGUGGGAAUAA